AUGUCGUCUGUGACCGCUUAUACUGAUGCUACACCAGUUCCAAACCCAGGCAAAGACGAGCUUUCUAUUUUACGUGUGCAUACUUAUGACCGAAGCGCAGGCAAACUGACCCAGGAACGCCUUCUCCAGGUGAAGUCUACGGAGCUUCAAAAAGCCAAAGAUGGAACAUUGAAGGAGCUGAGGGGUGUUUUGAGGGCAAAAAAUGUCUUCAAUUCUCGAACCAUAUCGAGUCCAUUCUGCGAUAAGAACGGGUCUGAAAUGGACGAUGAUAUCCUGACCAAGACUUACAACAACCUCGUUGGGAAUAAUAAUCAUGAGGCGACUCAUCUCCAAGACUCCCAAGUAGUCCCAGGUGAAUUGAGUGUGUACUACAAGAAGCAAAUCACCGCAAUGGAUGAUGCAACAAAGGAAUUCCUCAACAAGCCACUAGAUCUGGAUCUUAAGGAGGGUCAACAAUUGUCCAAGGCGGAUAUUGCGCGCCUCAAGUCUGCGUUUGAGGCAAAAACUUGGACAGCGGCGGAAAAGAAAUCUUCAUCGUUAAGUCACGCUGCCACCCUCACUGAAAAGGAAUGGGAUAUCAUUACCCGUACAAACUGCCUUCUCAGUGGCCAUAAAAUAGUUGAAUUUGAGAAAACUAUAGGAGGCCCUAUACCAAUCACUCCUAACAAGCCGGACAAGCCAUGGAGUAAAAGUAAGAUUCGCGGCAGAAAGGUCAAAGACUUGAAAGUCGAACGCACCCCCUACAACGCUUUUGCGCUCAAGAAAAGAGAUUUAAAGUUACCAAGUUAUGGCGCACAACCUUUGAUCUCAAUCCCUGCGGCACAGGAAGGGGGAGAUAAACUUGAAUAUCCGAUCCCCCGAUUUCGAGUCGAUGACGACUCAUAUGUGAGCGUUUAUGAGACGCAAAACAAUCUAGAGAAAUCACUUGCCAGCGGAUCGUUUUCUGAGAACUCACUGGAAGCAUCUGCCGGUGCUAGUUUCUGGGGUGUAUCCGCUGCAGCCAAGGUUGGAGGCGCUUGGAGCAGUCAAGAUAAUGACCUCCAUGCAACAUCUAGUGAGAGCAAAAACAUGAAUUUUCCACGUGUCACUGUGUACCUUGACAAAGAUUCUCUUGAGAUAACUGCGGAAUGCCAGAAAGAUAUGAACGCUGUCAACACCAAGCAGCAGUUGAUAGAUUUCAGCAACAAAUAUGGUGAUAUCUUCGCCCAACGGGUCCAACUUGGUGGUGUCCUCUCUGCGAGUGAAAGCAGCACUGCCACAAGUACUCAGGACAAGGAAAAGCACGCCAAGGCAAUGAAGAUUUCUGCAGCUGUCUCCUUCUCAUCAUCGUUUGCUCAGGCUUCCCUCAGCGCAAGCCACGGCGGAGGCUCUAACUCUGACACUAGCACAACAUCCCAGGACCUCACGAGUGCGAUGGCCUGGGAAGCGACCGGGGGCGAUACAUUGUACUGUAAUAACCCUGCACAGUGGUGUGGAACCGUGGGUGAGUUCUACAACUGGAGGGUGAUUGAUCAAUGCGACGUGCUCCCACUGUCCAAGGUUAUUGACUCCAUCAAUGGCAACAACAAAAUCACCGAAAAAUUCGAGCAGGCCGCGAAGAAAUAA